AUGCACCGAUUACGGACAACAUUUAAACGGUCUCGAACACCUACAGGGGCCGAAAUGAAGAUGCAAAGCAGCCUGGAGGUACCGAAACAAAUUCGUUCGGCCUCUUUCGACGAAAUCCAGCUGGAGGCGAAGCGUCUUCAGGGCGGUUGCUCGGUAGACUCUCCGGGUCUCCUAGGAGUGCCACAACUGGAUCAGAGGUCGCGCAGCGUCGACUCGGGAGGAUCAGAAGAGUCGGGCAACUUUUUGGAGGUGCCCUCUCGACGAUUUCAAAGGAGACGAUCGUCAGGUGGCAAAUCGAUAUGUAUUCAUUGUGUAUGCAAAGAAGAAUAUGAUAGGCUUCAUCCUCCCGAAGAACUAGCACCGGGACAUCCCGAAUGGUUGCCUUACAUCACCGACUCGUCUAGCGAAGAAGAAGACGACUCGGACGACGAUGAAAUCAACAACAGUCGCGAUACAACGGAAUGCAGUCGAAACACGACGAAUUGCAGUCAAGAUACAACGGACUAUAGUCGCGAAAAUAGUUACACGGAUAAUAGUAGGGAAAAUAGCGUUGAUCCUCCGGAAUUUGUACUUACUGUUACGUUAUUACCGACGCUACAAUCGCCGUCCAUUGCGUCGCCGCCUCCGAUACCAUCUUCGCCAAUUAUCGAGUUUUUUCCUGCUGAAGCUGAGCCGGAAGUACCGCUGACACCAACUCAGACUAGACGAAAAUCCAUCCAUCGCCAAGAAGCUUUUUUCGCCGAACCCACAGGAAAUUCGCUCGAAAACAUGUCGGACGCGCCCUCGGAACCGAUUUCGGAAGGUACCUCGGAGGGUGCCCUAUCAGAAGGUGACGUACAUCGUACCACAAUACCUGGUUUGGUCGUCAGCGACAUCUAUUUGCAAGUUCCAGAUUUGAAACGAGACCGUGCCGCCUCAGUGGACUCCUGCUUCUCGAAAGUACCCGAAAAGAAAACGGAAGAACUGCAACAUUCCGGUGUUAGUUUGGAAGUACCCGUUGGACCUAAUGUCGCACUCAGAUCGCGAUCUGUCGACAUAGUAUUACCGACUCACGAGCAGGCGCGCUACAAGGCGUUGGCCAUGACAGCUCCGUCCGCUGCGGCUGGUAUGAAUAGGUACGAUAGGUGUCGCAUGAAAACUAGCGCAUGA